AUGCAGCACAUACUCCUUACCGCUGCAGCUAUAGCCUCAUUUUUUGGCUCGGCUAUUUCAACGCCAACAAACAGGUCACGUGUUGAGACGUCAAGUGGCAUUGUAGUCGGUCAUCCAGCUUCUAACAAGACUCACGUGACUGAGUUUCUAGGAAUCCGCUAUGCUGAGGCGCCUGUAGGCGAGCUGCGGUUUGCAGCGCCCAAGAAAUAUCAAGCGCCGCCAGGGUCCGUGUUCGAGGCGGCCGAGUGGUCAGCUGAUUGUCCCGCUGUAAAGCCGCCCGUGUCUUCGUUUCCAAACUUUACACAGCCAUCUGGCUUACGUGUAUGGAAGAACUUUGCUGCACAGAACAACAACUCUGUGUCCGAAGAUUGCCUGAAGCUUAACGUUUGGACGUCGAAUGCCGGUAAAACUGACGCAAAAAAGCCGGUGCUUGUAUUCCUCCAUGGCGGACGUUUUCAGAUUCCUGGCCCCCACAGUCCCUUCUAUAACGGCCAGUACCUUGCCGAUGCCGAAGACGUUGUGGUAGUGACAUUCAACUAUCGUCUGGGUAUCUUUGGCUUUGCUGGUGCUCCUGGUAUCGAGAAGAAUGCUGCCCUUCGCGACCACCGUGCCGCUGUAGAAUGGGUGCGUGACAACAUCAAAGGCUUUGGAGGCGAUCCCUCGCGUAUUGUUAUUUUCGGACAAAGUGCCGGUGGUGCUGCGGUCGAUUACUGGGCGUACGCCUGGAAGAACGACCCCAUUGUUUCCGGUCUUAUCCCCAUGUCUGGAACCUCACUCAGCUUCAUCCCAAACACGGCCGAGUACUCGCAGUCCAUCUGGUAUAAUGUUUCCCGCACGAUUGGCUGUGGUGGUGCUGGCGACGACUCUACUUCAGUCGUAGCUUGCGUCCGUUCAGCAAAUAUGUCGGCUAUUCUCGCAGCUGCAGCAAAAGUGCCUGGCCUCCCCAGUGUCGGCUUGACGCAGGCGACUUUUCACCCAACUGUUGAUAACCAAACAGUCUUUGCGGAUUACCAGCAACUCUCUGAAGCCGGUUCUUUUGCGAAGAUUCCGCUCCUACUCGGCAACACCGACCACGAAGACGGAUGGUACCGCAUUUCUGGAUGGGCAGCCAAAAUAAACUUUACCAAUGCCCAGUGGGACUUAUUCACUGAGCGUAGCUUCACUUGUCCGACUUCUCUUUCAGCCGCAUACCGUGCUCAGUACAACGUCCCUACAUGGCGAUACAGAUACCACGGUGACUGGGACAAUCUCCGUCUUUACAACGGCAGCGCAGGUCUCGGACCUCGAGGCAGCGCAGCCUACCACGGAUCCGAUCUUGGACUCGUCUUUGGCACUGCUCAAGACAUCUCUGGUCUUCCCAACAGCCCUACUGAAAACAAGUACACGGACUAUGUCCAGGGCGCAUGGGCGGCGUUUGCUCGAGACUCAAAGCGUGGAUUGACAAAGUAUGGCUGGCCGAAAUACAAGCCAGGUACCGCGUCGCUGGUAGAACUGGCCUAUAACAACAGUGUCAAGCCCAACUUUGUCAGUCCGUCGAUUUACGAUGCAGCGUGUCCUGCGAAGAACGACCCACUGCCUGGCCGAGGGGCAUUUUAA